AUGCCCCCCAUUAGAUCUGACCUCCUGUUGCUGACCUGGCGUGUGACCCGACGAUUCUCUGCCUGCUCCCUUGUACCUUACCGUCCUCUACUUUACCGACUCGGCCUGUCUGACUAUGCACUUGCUCAGCCAUCCAUCCAUCCCAUCGGGUGGGGUCUUCAGACCUCCUCAUAUCAGACUCUUUCCCGUGGGAGCCCUCGGCGCAUACCACUACCACUGACGGACGUACCCAGUAGCCACGACCUGGUCUCGGGGUGCUCCAAGUCCAUCCCCACCAUCAGGGGCCCUGGUGAACAAGCACUCUGGGACUUAGAUUCCGUGCGCUGGGGACGUCUAUUCAGUGGAGUGCUAGUGGUA